ACCAUCCUCCACACUCAGCAUGGGGGCGUUGGGACUGCUGCUGCUGCUGGGGCUCCUCUCCGGGGGGUCUGCAGUGAUUCACUCUCUGAGGUAUUUCGACACGGGGUCGUCUGGCCUCUCAUCCUUCCCAGAGUUUGUGUCUGUUGGGAUGGUGGAUGAGGUUCAGUUUGUUCACUAUGACAGCGUCAGUGAGAGAGCCGUACCCAAACAGGCCUGGAUGGACCAGCUCACCAGAGACCGCCCAAACUACUGGGACACGGAGACUAGAAUAUAUCAGGGUGACCAGCAGGUCUUCAAGGUCAACAUAGAGAUUGUUAAGAAGCGCUUCAACCAGACGGGAGGUGCCCACGUGUAUCAGAGGAUGUCUGGCUGUGAGUGGGAUGAUGAGGAUGAUACUACUUAUGGUCAUGAACAGUAUGCCUACGAUGGAGAGGACUUCCUAGCGUUUGACCUGAAGACCCUGACCUGGGUCGCUGCAGUACGUCAGGCUGUCCCCUCCAAACUGAGAUUGGAUCAGAAUAGAGCUGGUAAUCAACGCAAGAAGAACUACCUCACCAAGGAGUGUGUUGAUUUGCUGAAGAAGCUACUGGCCUAUGGGAAGAGCACUCUGCAGAGAACAGUACCCCAACACAUCCCUCUCCUCGCACACACUUGGUCUCGCCCGUCUGACGUCACCCCCACACCGCACAAAUGUUCUUCCGGACUUCACGUCGGGUCCUCCCGCAGCCCCCGGCACCCGGAAGCCAGCGCAACCGUAACGUGGCGUCAUGAAUGUGUUUGAAUGUUCUGUGUGUGUUAAAUAAAAGGGUACUUGUAAAUCCCGGUGUCAGUCCUGUUUUUAUCCAUUGCCUGCAGUAACGGGCAGCCGC